AUGAGGCGGGUCGUGCUUGGCGGCGGCAUCGCCGGCGUGUGCUGCGCGGAGGAGCUGUGCCGCCUCCUGCCCGACGACGACGUGACGAUCGUCUCGGCCUCCGCGGUUCUCAAGGGUGUGGAGAAUGUCGUGCAUCUGACAAGGAACAUUGAAGAAUUCUUGGUCGUUGAAAGAGACUUGCACACACUGCCAUACAAGAACCUCCGGGUGGUGCAGGGGACAGCCAAAUCACUGGACACGCAAGCCAAGGUACUGGCUCUGGCUUCAGGGGAGAAUGUUUCAUAUGACCAGCUGUGUAUCUGUGUCGGAGCCAGGCCAAAGGUUCUGGGGAGCAGUGACUACGUGCUGACCCUGAGGGACACUCAAAGUGUUGAGGACCUGUGCACUCGACUUGCUGGGGCGCGACGUGUGGUGGUGGUCGGCAAUGGAGGCAUCGCACUAGAAACAAUCCAGGGGCUGGGAGGAAUGGAGGUUAUCUGGGUCUUGAAGCAUGGCCACAUCGGCGACGCAUUCUUUGACAUCGAUGCUGCCCAGUUCCUUCUGGAUGAGCUGAGGAAAGGACGAUCAGGGCAACAGGGAUCGUGCAUCGGCAAGCAGAUGUCUGAGGAUGACCAGGACGCUGGCAAAGGGAGGGGUGCGCCAGAGCAAGAGCGGCCAGUGCAGGGCCCUGGGCCUGCCGCAGGGUCUGCGCGGCAGGGCUGGCCGCGCGUCCCCCACGGCCACGCGGUGGGGCCCAAGUGGACGUCCGCGCUGCCGUCCAGGGCCGCAGCCCCCCAAGUCACGCUUGAGCCCAACGCGAUCGUCGGAUCGAUCCGCCAGCCCGCCGACGCCCGGUCGCCGUGGCCUGUCGAAGUCGAGCUCACCAGCGGCAGGUCGUAUGGCGCGGACCUGGUCGUGUGCGCCAUUGGCGUGGAGCCGGUCACGGAUUGGCUUCCGGCCGAGAUCGAGCGGGCCGGCGACGGGGGCCUGGUGGUGGACCGGGAGAUGCGGACGAGUGCGGACGGCGUGUGGGCGGCGGGGGACGUGUGCAGCGCGGGCUGGGCGGCGGAGGAAUCGCAGCAGUGGUUCCAGAUGCGGCUGUGGACGCAGGCGCGGGUCAUGGGCGCGUACGCGGGGCGCUGCAUGGCGGGCAUGGCGGACGAGCUGCAGUGCGGCUUCAACUUCGAACUGUUUACCCAUGUCACCCGCUUCUUCGGCAAGAAGGUCAUCCUACUGGGCCUGUACAACGGCCAGAAGUUGGAAGGCGAGCGGAAAGAGGACCUCAUCGCCUACUCCAGAGCCACGGAAGGUGACGACAGCAGCUUCGUGCGAGUUGUCCUACUUAGGGGGAGGAUGCAGGGCGCUGUCCUAAUAGGAGACACGGGGCUGGAGGAGGCCUUCGAGAACGUCAUCCUAGACGGCAUCGACCUGAGCCAGUUCGGGCCCAGGAUUCUGGACCCUGAUAUCGAAUUCGACCACAUCUUCGAUUGA